CGCGUACGUAGACGAAUGUCCAGCUCGCUUCGAAAGACCGAGUGUGUGCGUGAGAGAGAGGAGAACGGGUUGCAUCAAAAUUUCUGGAUCUUCAAGUAUGCCCAUAAGUUUGGAGCAGUGCCCUUUCACCGUCUUCGUCAUACGAAUGAGUGGCUCUUCGAAGAGCGACUGUGUCUUCUUCGCGACGUUCAGAAUAACCGUUUGAUACUGCGAGCGACUGAAACGUCAUACGAAUCGUCAAUAGGACGCACAAUGAAGUUGGGAUUGAUACUGCUUGCUCUGGCUUCUCCGAUCGUCGCGAUAACCUACGACUAUCGAUCAGAGGAUACGAGCGAGCGUUAUGUGGAGGAUCAGCUGAAAAGUGUCUCGAAGAAACUUCGGAAACCCAUAGAUUUGAGCGAGUUCCAAAAAGUAUGCGGAAUUCGAGAGCUCGCCACGGCAAAUCUUGCGAGGAGACGGCAAAUCGGCGUCGUGCGGAAGUACGGCGCAAAAGAUACGCCUCUGGAGAAUUGGCCGUGGAUGGUGAAAAUCACGCAGCGGAACGAAGAAACAAACGAAUGGGAGCUGCUAUGCGGUGGAUCCUUGAUCACCAGGCGUUAUGUGAUCACGGCCGCCCAUUGCUUCAGUCCAGUUCCGAAACCCGUCGACGAUUAUGCGGUGCACGUAUUCUCGUACGGGGCAAAAAUCAGCUCUAACCAGGACUCGGAAGCGAAGCGAGUCGAUGGAAUCUCUCUACACCCUGAUUACAACCCGUAUCUGCGCUACAACGACAUCGCCGUCGUCAGGCUGAGGGUCGGUUUGGAGCCCCCGUUCAUGGCCGUGUGUCUCCCCAAGCCAGAUCUCGUCAACGAUGAUUUAAUGGACCGCAACCUGGUGGUCAUCGGUUACGGCUCGACGUACGAUGAAAGUGAGAGCUAUGAAGAAGAGACGACCACGACCUCAUACGGUCACCGUGAGAACUCGGGCGCCUCUGGUCGAGUCCGAUAUCACACGUCAACGAGACCCAUCCACGAUCCGGUGUCGAACGACGACGACGACGAAGACCGUCGUCACAGCGUUUACCAGCAGAAAAACUCGACUUCUCAGAGAAACGACCAGCGACCGUAUCAUCCGGUAGAAACGUCGACUCCGGUUUACGUUCCUUCGACCACGAAAAAGUCCACCUACGAAAGAGAAAGGUCGACGACGAAAAGGUCGACGUAUACGUCAACUCGGAGACCGACGAGUACGACGACUCAGCGUAGCUAUGAGUCUUCCACGAGUUCUUACGUAGCGAACAAAGCUCAAUCUUAUCCGGCGGCGAAUCAGCCGUCGCCACAGAAAGCGACAGAUCAGAAAUUUAUUCAGCAAGAGUCACAAUAUGGACAAGUUUAUCCCCAACAAGGUCCGUACGGAUUCCAACCUGCCGUUGCGUUCGGUCAGAAUCAGGGCCGAUUCCGCCGAUUUGCGGAACGCAGACAAAGGGGCGGUCCUCCCAGCUAUUCCCUUCGCGAGGCAACGAUCACCGUCAUAUCUUCGGACCAGUGCAGUCAAAUGUACAAUAAAACCGACCGGCAACAUCUGAAUCGAGGAAUCGUCAGCUCGCAGAUUUGCGCUGGCAACCCCGAAGGCGGGGUUGAUUCAUGCCAGGGAGACAGCGGUGGCCCUCUUAUGACUCAGGAUUCUGCGGGACGGUGGACGUUGGUCGGAAUCGUGUCGUUUGGAAAUUCCUGCGCACGGAAAGGUUACCCGGGCGUCUAUACCCGCGUCGCCGCAUUCAAUAACUACAUAGAAGACGCCGUCGACUUUACGGCUUAAAGUCUCGGAUGCUGUAGAGUUAAACUCAUUGUCAGUAGUCAGAUCAGUGUACAUAUAAACAUCGACUCUUGUAAAUGAUGAAUCCCGCAGCUCGAA